AUGGUUAGGUCAACAUUAGUUGAUAUUAUGCCUGUGUCAUCUGCGAAAGUAGCAAGAGUGGUGUUCUCGAAGCGUAACAACAAGAAUGAUGUUGUAAGCUUGGCGAAUAUGUUUGAGGAAAAAACGUACAGAAAUAAUGAAAAUAGUUUAUACGUACAAUUAUUAGAACAAGUUCUUAAUUCUUAUCGCCUUGUGACAUGUAGCGGUAGACGGCGGCUUUUUCGAGUUGCCGCGGCUGGUUACCAAAGUAUCUAUCCUAGUUACAUGAUGGCCAUGGCGGUGACGGGAGGCCACGGGACUGCCAGCGGUCACCAUCACGGUCCCGCGUCCAUGUUUGCCGGCCCACCAGCCAAGAGAAAGAGAAGGCACCGGACAAUAUUCACCGAAGAACAACUCGAACAGUUAGAAGCGACUUUCGAAAAGACACAUUACCCAGACGUAGUGCUCAGGGAGCAGUUAGCGCUGAAAGUAGAUUUAAAAGAAGAACGAGUUGAGGUUAGAACUUAG